CCGCCCGUUGCCAAGAGUGUGUGUGUGUGUGUGGUGUGUCCGUGUGUGCGUGCGCCGGGGUGGGGGGGGCGGGAGGUACGGGUUGGGGGCGGCCAUGCCGAGGGGGCGGCCCCCAGAGCCCGGCGGGGAGAGUGGCGAGGCCGGCGCCGAGGCAGAUGAGGUUCUGACACCAACUACAGAGAACGGUAAUUUUCCCUACCAAGUACCCAACUUCCAUAAGUGUGAGAUUUGUUUGCUGUCUUUUCCAAGAGAGACCCAGUUCCAGCGCCAUAUGAGGGAUCAUGAGCAAAAUGACAAGCCUCACCGGUGUGACCAGUGUCCAAUGUCAUUUAAUGUUGAAUUCAACUUGACACUUCACAAAUGUACUCACAAUGGCGAAGAUCCUACAUGUCCUGUGUGCAACAAGAAAUUCUCCAGAGUAGCCAGUUUGAAAGCACAUAUAAUGCUACAUGAGAAAGAGGAGAAUCUUAUCUGUUCAGAGUGUGGAGAUGAAUUCACUUUACAGAGUCAGCUGUCCAUACACAUGGAAGAACAUCGUCAAGAAUUGGCAGGCAGUAGGAUUCACAGCUGCAAGUCUUGCAAAAAAGAAUUUGAAACUUCCUCACAGCUAAAGGAGCAUAUGAAAACUCACUAUAAAAUAAGGGUAUCAAAUACCAGAUCUUACAACAGAAACAUUGAUAGAAGUGGGUUUACCUAUUCCUGUCCUCACUGUGGAAAGACGUUCCAGAAACCGAGUCAAUUAACACGGCAUGUUAGAAUACACACAGGUGAAAGACCUUUCAAGUGCAGCGAGUGCGGGAAGGCCUUUAACCAGAAGGGGGCUCUGCAGACCCACAUGAUCAAGCACACGGGGGAGAAGCCCCAUGCCUGUGCCUUUUGUCCCGCCGCCUUUUCCCAGAAAGGCAACCUGCAGUCACACAUCCAGCGAGUUCACUCUGAGGUGAAGAAUGGCCCUACGUACAACUGUACAGAAUGUAGCUGUGUCUUCAAAAGCUUGGGUAGUUUAAAUACGCAUAUCAGCAAGAUGCACAUGGGUGGUCCACAGAAUUCUGCAAGUGCUUCAACAGAUGUAUCUCAUGUUACAGUGGACUCUGUCACCCAGCCUUUAACAACAUCUCCUACUAAUCUUUUGCAACCUGUUGAUAACAAAUGGAAGAAUGCCACACAUUUUCGGUCUCCACUUCUUCAACAGACAGAAAACCAGGUGUCUCCGGCUGCUGCUCAUCAGGGUCAGCAGACUGUCACUGAUGUCAUUCAGCAGCUCCUUGAGUUAUCAGAACCAGGUCCUGUAGAAAAUAACCAGCCUCAACAACCUGGUCAGCAGCUCAACAUUGCAGUGGGGAUCAGUAGAGAUAUUUUGCAGCAAGCAUUAGAGAACAGCGGGUUGUCUUCAAUUCCUGUCUCUGCACAUUCUACUGACUGCAGCCAGGCUAAGGCUGCUGGGUCCCAGGAUCAGAACCCAGAUGUCCCGAGCCUCUCAAAUCAUCAGGCUGAUUCUAAUAGUGCUGAACAAAACAAGGAGCAAGAGACUACAGAUAAACUAGAUAAAAAAGAAAAAAAGUUCAUUAAGAAAAAGUCACCGUUUUUGCCUGGUUCUAUACGUGAAGAAAAUGGAAUCAGGUGGCAUGUUUGUCCAUAUUGCUCUAAAGAAUUUAAAAAACCAAGCGACUUAGUGCGCCACAUUCGCAUUCACACCCACGAGAAGCCAUACAAGUGUCCCCAGUGCUUCCGAGCCUUUGCCGUGAAGAGCACUCUAACAGCACACAUAAAAACACACACUGGCAUUAAAGCUUUCAAGUGCCAAUUUUGUAUGAAAAGCUUUUCCACCUCAGGGAGUUUAAAAGUUCACAUUCGCCUGCAUACAGGUGUUAGGCCUUUUGCUUGUCCUCACUGUGACAAGAAGUUUAGAACAUCGGGCCAUCGGAAAACUCAUAUCACUUCACAUUUCAAACAUACGGAACUAAGAAAGCUGCGACAUCAACGUAAACCCACAAAAGUUCGAGUAGGAAAGUCAAGUGGUCCAGUACCAGACAUCCCUUUGCAAGAGCCCAUACUCAUAACUGAUUUAGGUCUUAUCCAGCCAAUCCCGAGGAAUAGCCAGGUCUUCCAAAACUAUUUUAACAGUAAUUUUGUGAAUAAUGCAGAGAGACCAUACAAAUGCUACUAUUGCCAUCGAGCCUAUAAAAAAUCCUGUCAUCUUAAACAGCACAUCAGAUCUCAUACAGGUGAAAAGCCAUUUAAGUGCUCUCAGUGUGGAAGAGGUUUUGUGUCAGCUGGAGUUCUGAAAGCACAUAUUAGAACACACACUGGAUUGAAAGCUUUCAAGUGCGUUGUGUGCAACGGGGCCUUCACUACUGGUGGUAGCCUCAGGCGACACAUGGGGAUCCAUAAUGACCUUCGACCAUAUAUGUGUCCCUACUGUCAAAAAACAUUCAAAACAUCACUCAACUGUAAAAAACACAUGAAGACUCAUAGAUAUGAACUUGCACAGCAACUUCAGCAGAAUCAGCAGUCUUCUACAAUAGAUGAUUCUACAGUACAUCAGCAGAGCAUUCAUGUUUCUACACAAAUGCAGGUGGAGAUUCAAAGUGAUGAGCUACAACAGUCAGAAACUGUUGCAACAGAUCAGCAGGCUAUUUUAGAGUUAGAUCAGCAGCCAGUAGUAGGCACAGAAGAAACAGCCCUAGAACAAGAAUUGGCUGAUCAGCCUUUAGAGCAAGAUGAGGAUAGAUUUGUGACAUCCCAGCAUGCUUUACAGGAAAACAUCACUCAGUUUGAACAACAGACUAUAACACAGCAGCCAUUUGAUCAACAGAGCUUAUCACAAGGUUUUACUGUGAAUGACAGCUACAAUCAACAGACUCAAUUUCCAGCUGUACAACAGCUGCAGGAUUCAAGCACACUUGAAUCUCAGGCUCUUUCAACGAGUUAUCAUCCACCAGCCCUUCUUCAGGUUCCAAAUACAGACACUAUUAAUGUAACCACUCGCUUGAUGCAAGACCAGUCACCACAGGAAGAACUUGAAUUGCACACCCAAAGGCCUCAUUUUCUUGAGGAUAAUGAAGAUCAAAGUAGGCGUUCAUAUAGGUGUGAAUAUUGCAACAAGGGUUUUAAGAAAUCCAGCCAUUUGAAACAACAUGUUCGAUCACAUACUGGUGAGAAACCUUAUAAAUGCCAGCUCUGUGGCCGUGGUUUUGUUUCCUCGGGAGUUCUUAAGUCACAUGAGAAGACUCAUACAGGAGUUAAAGCAUUCAGCUGUAGCAUUUGCAAUACCUCCUUCACAACUAAUGGCAGCCUUACCAGGCACAUGGCAACUCACAUGAGCAUGAAGCCUUACAAGUGCCCCUUCUGUGAUGAAAGCUUUCGAACAACUGUUCACUGCAAAAAACAUAUGAAAAAACAUCAGGCAGUCUCCUCAGCUGUAGCAGCAGCUACAGAUACAGGAGGAGGAGUUGCAUGUGUUGAAGAUGACGAUGAAAGCUCUGAAAGAACUUCCAGAAAAUCUCGUCCUGGUGUCAUAACUUUUACAGAAGAAGAGACAGCAGAACUGGCAAAGAUCAGGCCUCAAGAAAGUGCCACUGUGUCAGAAAAAGUUCUUGUCCAGUCAGCUGCAGAGAAAGACAGAAUUAGUGAGAUGAAAGAUAAGCAAGCAGAACUGGAAGCAGAGCCCAAAUAUGCCAACUGUUGCAGUUAUUGUCCCAAAAGCUUUAAAAAACCCAGUGAUUUAGUCAGGCAUGUUCGUAUCCAUACUGGAGAGAAGCCGUAUAAGUGCGAUGAAUGUGGAAAGAGUUUCACUGUAAAAUCCACUCUGGAUUGUCAUGUUAAAACACACACAGGCCAGAAGCUCUUCUGUUGUCAUGUGUGCAGUAAUUCUUUCUCUACAAAGGGCAGUCUAAAAGUCCACAUGCGCCUGCAUACGGGAGCAAAGCCCUUCAAAUGCCCACACUGUGAUUUGCGGUUUCGUACUUCAGGGCGCAGAAAAACCCACAUACAGUGUCAUUAUAAACCGGAUACAAAGAAAGUUAGGAAGCCUGUUGCCCGGACUUCAACUGAGGGAUUGCAACCAGUCAGUCUUCUUAAUUCAUCCUCAACAGACCCUAAUGUUUUCAUCAUGAAUAACUCUGUUUUGACGAGUCAGUUUGAUCAAAAUUUACUUCAACAAGGACUUGUGGGCCAGGCUAUCCUGCCUGCUUCAGUGUCAGCUGGAGGUGACUUAACUGUGUCCUUGACAGAUGGUAGCUUGGCCACUCUUGAAGGAAUACAGUUACAACUUGCUGCUAAUCUGGUUGGACAAAAUGUUCAGAUUUCUGGAAUAGAUGCCACUGGUAUUAACAACAUAACGUUACAGAUCGAUCCAAGUAUCCUGCAGCAGACAUUACAGCAGAGUAAUUUACUUACUCAGCAGCUGACUGGAGAUCCCACCAUGGCUCCACAGAAUCCCUCCCUCCAGGCAACAGAAAAUGCAGUGCCGGCUAACGUGGUUAUUCAGCCCAUAUCAGGCUUGUCUUUGCAGCCCACAGUAACAUCAUCUGCUAACAUGACAAUAGGGUCCCUGUCUGAGCAGGAGUCUGUGCUGACAACUAGCGCUAAUGGUGCACAAGACAUUACUCAAGUCAUGACAUCACAGGGUAUGGUGUCAUCUACAAAUGGACAACAUGAGAUAAUGUUGACCAUAAAUAAUUCCAGUUUGAGUCAAGUUCUAGCUCAUGCUUCAGGUUCUACUACUGCAACGUCAUCAGGAAGUCCUCAAGAAAUCACUCUUACAAUAUCUGGCCAAGAUCUUAUUCAGCAUAAUUCUGGAAGCACUGAUCUGAACACUGGCUUAAGGCUGACAGCACCAGCCAUCAGCAGUCAGACUACAGGUGCUACAUUAACUAUAAGCAAUGACCAGCUUCUUUCUCAGGGCCCUUCACUGAAUGCUCCAGAACUUAAUACGACAGGGGGAACAAACCUUCCUCCAGCAACACCCAUAUCUCAGUCCGCAGUUUCUGCGCAGAAUUUGGUAAUGUCUUCAUCGGGAGUUGGAGGAGAUGGUAGUGUCACUUUGACUCUUGCUGACACUCAGGGAAUGUUGUCAGGUGGUCUUGAUGCAGUUACACUUAAUAUCACUUCGCAGGGUCAGCAGUUCCCUGCUAUACUCACAGAUUCCAGUCUUGCUAGCCAAAGUGCAUCAGGAUCACAGCAAGUAAUACUGGUGAGCCAUACACCCCAUUCAGCACCUGCAAACUCUGAUGAAAUUACAUAUCAGGUGACAGAAGUUUCCCCUAAUGUGACUAAAAGCAGUCAAGCAGAAAAAGAAACUCGUGGGCACCAGUGUUUUGAGUGUAGCCAAACCUUUUAUUCUGUCACCAUGCUGACACACCACUGCAAAGAGGUUCAUGGCAAGGAGCGAAUACACAUUUGCCAGAUCUGCAAUAAGGCCUUUAAGAGGGCAACACAUCUCAAGUGUGAGAGGUGUGCAUCUGAGAGAGGGAGUCUAAGUGAUAAUGUAUGCGCAGAUAGAGAACUCUCUUCUGGAGCAUGGAGAGGAUUUUAAUGCAUAUGUUGACUACAGAAUGAAAAAUGUUAAUGCCUUUCAUGCAAGUAGUAGUGUCAGGAAAAGAUUUCACUUACUUUAUUUGCAUAUGAAUAUCAUCAAUGCUAAUCCUGAUUUCCAGAUAAUCUUUUGCUAUCUCAGGAAGUUACGGCUUUACAGUCUUACCAUUUCAUUUGUAGAUGCUCUGUCAUGUAAGUACAAGUGAUAGAGGGAGCAUUUAUUUUAAAAUGUCUUUAUAUUAUUGCUGUUGUCUAGUGAUAUUUUCUCUGUUUUCUCCAGAUUAUGAGCAACCUAAUACUUCCAAGUCUUUUAAAAAAAAUUAGUGGUGUGUCUAAGUUCUUAAUUGUAUUAUAGAAUGUUCUUGUUAGGAAUAUUGGGCUGUACUAGACAAGUGCUUUGUUCAGGCCAGUAUCUUACCUCUGAGAGAUACUUAAAUGAAGUAGUUUGAAAAGUUUUAAGAAAGGAGUAAAUAUAUAAGUUGCCCAGAAUCUUGCCAGCUUCCCAGAAUUUAUAGCAAGAAAUUUUUGGACCCAAAGGCAAUGUAUUUAUAUUCAUUUAUAUUUAUUAGCUUUUAGGAGACCUCUUCAAUAGAUUUAAUUUCACUUUGAUAUAAUAUUUUAAUGAAAUAUACUCUCUUUGUGAAGUUCACCCUCUUGGAGUGAUCAAGUCUGUCAACUAGAGUAUUGGAAACAAUCAUAAAAUGUAUUGUUGUGAAACUCUUAACCUCUGAGUUAAAAGAAAUUUUCCAGGAAAAAAAUCCAAAGAAGUCUUGAUACUUGUUUUUCUUAAGUAAUGAUAACAAACUCGUAAAAUCAGUCUCUCUUCAGUUUGUUUUCUUAAAACUGGGCCCAGGUUAAAGAUAUGGCAAGAUAAAAACUUACCCUAGUAUGUCCCUUGGAUUAUUAUCCAUAACUGAUUUUUCAGGAAGGCAACGAUUGAAAUUGCAAUAAGAAGUUCAGGGGCAGUCAUAAGAGACUUCAGGGCAUUGGGACAACCUGUUAAGGGAUCAGAAGCACAAGUAAAUCUUCCCCUUUAUCCUUCCAGUUGCAGGGAGUGGUGUAGGAAGAGCUGGCAGAUCAGCAGACUGGCAUCACCAGCAGAAUUUAGGGGUUUUUGACCAUGGAUUGGUCUACACAACAGCAGACCUGCUGCUGAUGGGCUAUGGUUUGUGUCAAAGGGGGAAAAAGAUCUUUGUUGAGGAGUUAGCAGGUCUUGUUGAGAGAGAUCAUCUAAACUAGAUUUGCAGGGAGGAAGCGAUAAAACCAGACUUGCUGGAGAUAAGCUUGAGGGCAGCACACCAGUGUAUGAGGGUUCAUGUGCCAGCGAGGCCCUUCAAGCUCCACCCCAAUGUGCUGAGUACACUGGAGCACAUUUGAAAUGUCCCAGUGUUGGUGUGCGCAGCACCGUUGCCAUCUCAGUGGGGGUGGAGGAAAUGGUCAUUGACCUGCUACACCACUUUGACAUGCACAGGUUGUCUGUAGCACUAGAUGAGUCCACCCAAGGGUACCAAGGGGCCUGUCAGAAGAGCUUGCCAAACCACUUUUAUGAUGAGCAGUACUGGCUAACCAGGGAGGUCCCAGUUGACUGGAUCUUAGCACCUGUGAUGCCCAUCUACAAGGGCUGGAAAUUUGAUCUGGGAAACUACAGGUCUUUCUGCCUGAUCUCAGUGCCAGGAAAGGUUAUGGAGCAGCUCAUCCUGUGUGCCACCAUGUGGCACAUGCAGGACAGCCAGGAGAUCAGGCACAAUCAGUAUGGGUUUAUGAAAAGCAGGUCCUGUUUGAGUAACCUGGUUUCCUGUGACAAAGUGACUUGCUCAUUGGAGGAGGGAAAGGCUGUGAGUGUUGUCUACCUGGACUUGAGCAAAGCCUUUGACACUGUCUCCCACAGCAUUCUUCUGGAGAAACUCACCUCCAUGACUUGGAUGGGUUCACUGUUUGCUGGGAAAAAAUUGGCUAUACAUCCAGGCUCAGAGUGAUGGUGAAUGCAAUUACAUCCCGCUGAUGGCUGGUCACAGGUGGUGUUCUCCAGGGCUCAGUACUGGGGCUAGUUCUAUUUCAUAUCUUUAUCAAUGAUCUGGACAAGAGGAUUGAGUGCACUCUCAGUCAUUUUGCAGACAACACUGAACUGGCCAGGAGUGUUGAUCUGCUGGAGGGCAGGAUGGCUCUGCAGAGGGAUCUGGACAGGCUGGAUUAAUGGGUUGGGGCCAUUUUGUGAGGUUCAACAAGGCCAAGUGUUGGGUCCUGCUCUUGGGUCAUGAAAAACCCCAGGCAGCACUACAGGCUGGGGGCAGAGUGGCUGGAAAGCUGCUGGUGGAAAAGGACCUGGGAGUGCUGAUUGACAGUGGCUGAACAAGAGCCAGUGUGUGCCCAGGUAGCCAAGGAGGCCAGUGGCUUCCUGGCCUGGGUGGGGAAUAGUGUGGCCAGCAGGAGCAGGGCAGUGAGUCUCCCUCUUUACUUUGUGCUGGCAAGGCUGCACCUCAAAUCCAGUUCAGUUUUGAGCUUUCAGUUCAACAAGGACAGUGAGGUUCUGGAGUGUGUCCAGAGAAAGGCAGCAGAGCUGGUGAAAGGUGUGGAGCACAACUCUUGGGAGGAGCAGCUGAGGGAAGCUGGGGUUUUUUAGGUUGGAGAAAAGGAGCCCGGGGCUCACUUAACACUCUCGGCAACUUCCUGAAAGAAGGUUUUGGCCGGGUGGGGGUUGCCCUUUACUGGUUAAUGAGCAAUAGGACAAGAGAUAAUCACCUCAGUUAUGUUAGGAGAGUUUUAGAUUGUAUAUUAGGGAAAAUUUCUUCAUUGAAAGGUUUGUCAGGCACUGGCACAGCCUGUAAAGGGAAGUUGUUGAGUCACCAACUCUGAAGAUACUUAGAAGAUGUGUAGAUGUGGCAACUAUGGACAGUGUCUUAGCAGGCAUAGUUUAGUGGUAGACUUGUCAGUGCUGGUUAAUGGUUGGCUUUGAUCUUAAAUGUCUUAAAGGACAGUUUCAUUUACCACUGGACCAUCAGGUACUAAAACCAAUUCCACCCCUCAUCAGACUCUUUUCUUUAUCAAGGUGUUAAUAGCAGCUUCAGCUGUGAGCAGCCUUUAACAGCAAAUUCAAAGAUAAAUGUUGGGGUUUGGCUUAGGAUUUUGGGAAGAGUUCAGCGUUCUGUUACUCAUAGUCUUCAUUUUAUACUGAUGAAAUUCUGGAGAUCGCCAAAAACACUAAGGUCACUACCAAACUUCAGGCUUUUCAGAAAAA